CAUUAGUCUAAACCUGAGGUGUUACGGAGCAUGUAUACACACCUCUAUAGGAUCACAUACACACAUGCACUACAAAGACAUGAAGCUGUCUGUUGUAUUUUCUGGGAGCUGAGGUUUCUGAUAAUAAGGACGUGAAAGUUGAUUCAAAGUAGCAGUGCUCACCGAAGGCUCUUCUUUUCUUCUGAAAGGUGGACACAGGGGCCGUAAACACUUGGAGUGCAUUCCUUCACCUCAAGUUGCUGACCUACUACAGUCGCAUUGGAACACUUUCCUCAAACGGCAGAAAAGAUGAUGUAGACAACAUUAAACUCUGAGACAUGGCAGCAGUUCAUAGCUCUGCCUUUGAGGACCCAAACCUGGGGUCAGGCCCAGCUGACGAUGAAAUAUCAUUGUUGGAAGAGUCUGACUCUGGAAGUUUGCUCUCUGAUGACUCUGUUCUCCCUGAUUAUGAACAAGAGAACAGGAAAAAGGGAACUGCCAACACACUAUAUGAGGCGUGUGUCCAAAACGAUACAGAAGCACUGAAGAGAGUGUUGGAACGUGGUGUGACCCAUGAUGAGGUCAUGGAAGUUGACAUUAAUGGCUGGAAUGGACUGAUGGUGGCUGCAUAUAAAGGAUUUCUUCCGAUUGUUUAUGAGCUGCACGGCUGUCCACACCUGGACAUUAACCACCAAGACAAUGACGGCAACACUGCUCUAAUGAUCGCUGCUCAAGCUGGUAAUGUCUCCAUAUGUAACUACAUCAUGAAUUACUUCCCUGGAGCAGAGACAGAGAUCAGAGACAACAGAGGAUUCACUGCCCUCAUUAAAGCUGCCAUACAGGGCAGGACUGAUGUGGUGGCAGCUCUUAUAAUGCACGGUGCUGAUUUAAAUGCUGUAGACACCAACCGUGGUAAAUGUGCACGUGACUGGGCACUGAAAACAGGUCGCUUUGACACACUGACACGUCUGCGCCACCUUGUACUCCAUCCCACAGCGGAACAGUUCUGUGACACCUACGUCCCAGAGUGGCCCAACCUUAAGUUGCUGGUCAGCAAAACAACAGCCAAUAAGAGUGCUGGCCAGAAGUUGACUCAUCAUCUCAAGAGUACGUUCGGUUUCAGUUUCCCACGCGACCCACAGGAAAAUGGCGUCAUGGAUCACAUGGUGCGAAUGACCACCAGCCUACACAGCCCGCUCAUAGCCACAGCCACACGCCCGCUUUGCCCGAGCAGCCCUCCACAGGUAGGUAAACGUCGGCUGGCUGUGGCUGAGCUGAUGCAGAAGCACUCAGAGAAACAGCUGGAGGAGAGUUCACUGUGCCAUCGAAACAGCUCCAUCUCCAGCUUUUCUCCAUCUACCCACUCUGUCGAGUCCGUCUCUGUGUCCUGCUGUGCCGAUACAGAGAGGCGUGGAAGUGUGCUGUCCAUUGCUCAGUCCGGUAUGCGCACAUUCAUCCCUCGUAGCGUAGCGUCAAGGCGCAACAGUGUUUUCCCCUCGGGCUGUAUCCCACAGAUCAAAGUCACUAAAUCCUCUGAGCCCACCCCAAAGAAAGUGAAGAAGAAUAAAAGGCAGAAAGGUUACCUGGAGCCUCCAAAGUGGAAGUAUAAGGAGGCCAAGGAUGAGAAGAAGAAAGAGAAGAAAGCGUUAAAGGAAAAAGAAGAGAAAGAAAAGGAUAAAAGAAAAAAGAAAAAGUGA